AUGGCGGCGGUGCCCCUGCGGCCCUGCAGAGCCGCCGCCGCCGCCGGUCUCUCGCUGCUGCGGAGCCGCGGGGGGUCGGUGGCGGGGCUGGAGGAGGCGGCGGGGCGGCUGAGCCAGCGGCGCUACAAGAAGGCCGUGCUGCCCGAGCCCGGCGGCGCCGCGCCCGCCGUGUCCGUCACCGAGAUCCGGCGGUACCUCCGCGAGCAGGGGGUCCCCUUCCACGAUGGCUACAGCUGCCUGCACGCCCCCAGCCUCUUCGCCCCCGGCCCCGCCGGGCCGCCCUUCACGCUCUUCAUCGACAAGACGACGGGAGGCUUCCUCUGCACCGCCACGCUGGCCGAGGGCACCUGGCAGGACCUGCAGGCGGCCGUGGAGCUGCGGCACCGCGGGCUCCCCCCGCCCGGCCCCGGGGAGGCAGAGGAGGAGGAGGAGGAGGUGGAAGCCAGGAGGGCGCGGGAGGACGCCCGGCGCAUCUGGGAGCGGGCGCUGCCGCUCUGGGAGCUGCUGGACGAGGAGGAGAGCCGGGCCACCAAGGCGGCAUUCGGCAUCGCCCUGCUGGCCGACGCCACCCUGAAGCGUUUCGGGGUACGGUACCUGCGGGCCGCCAGGGCUCUGGUGUUCCCCUGGUUCAGCCCCCGCGAUGGAGCACUGCGGGGCCUGAAGCUGGUGGGCACACAGGGGCAGGGGGACGCCACGACCGCCACGGAGGAGACGUUCCCCCGCUUCGACGCCUACCACAACCUCUUUGGGCUGCCCCUGGUUGGGCGCCGGGACACCGAGGUGGUGUUAACGGGGCGGGAGCUCGACGCCUUGGCCCUGCACCAGGCCACCGGGGUGCCCAGCCUGGCGCUGCCGCGGGGUGCCACUUGCCUGCCCCCGGCCCUGCUGCCCUACCUGGAGCAGUUCAAGCGCGUCACGCUGUGGCUGGGCGAGGACCUGCGCUCCUGGGAGGCCGCCAAGCUCUUCGCCCGCAAGCUGAGCGUCAAGCGCUGCUCCCUGGUGCGCCCAGGAGACCUCCAGCCCCGGCCCUUGGAGGCGUUGAACCAGGGGCUGAACCUCACCAAGAUCCUGCGCGCUGCCCUGCCCGCCGGCCACAAGUCCAUCGUCUCCUUCAGGCAGCUGCGCGAGGAGGUCUUCGGGGAGCUGGCCAACAGCGAGCAGGUGGCCGGCGUCAAGUGGGCGCGCUUCCCCGAGCUCAACAAGCUCCUCAAGGGGCACCGCAAAGGCGAGCUCACCGUCUUCACAGGCCCAACGGGCAGCGGGAAGACGACGUUCAUCAGCGAGUACGCGCUGGACCUGUGCAUGCAGGGGGUGUGCACGCUGUGGGGCAGCUUCGAGAUCAACAACAUCCGCCUGGCCAAGAUCAUGCUGACCCAGUUUGCGGCGCGACGCCUGGAGGACCAGUUGGAGCUGUACGACGAGUGGGCCGACCGCUUCGAGGAGCUGCCGCUCUACUUCAUGACCUUCCAUGGCCAGCAGAACAUCAAGACGGUUAUCGACACCAUGAAGCACGCGGUCUACAUGUACGACAUCACCCACGUGGUCGUGGACAACUUGCAGUUCAUGAUGGGGCACGAGCAGCUCUCGGCGGACAGGCUGGCAGCCCAGGAUUUCAUCAUCGGUGCCUUCCGCAAGUUUGCCACGGACAACACGUGCCACAUCACGCUGAUCAUCCACCCCCGCAAGGAGGACGACGAGAAGGAGCUGCAGACCGCCUCCAUCUUCGGCUCCGCCAAGGCCAGCCAGGAGGCCGACAACGUCCUCAUCCUGCAGGACCGCAAGCUGACGACGGGCCCCGGGAAGCGGUACCUGCAGGUGUCCAAGAACCGCUUCGACGGGGACGUGGGCGUCUUCCCCCUGGAGUUCAGCAAGGCCUCGCUCACCUUCUCCUCCUCCUCUGCCAAGAGCAAGGCCAAGCUGAAGAAGAUGAAGGAGGAGAAGGCGCCUUCAUCCAAGAAGGAUCCGGAUGGAGGUGUGGGAGGCUCCAGCAAGCCUUGAGUGUGGUGAUUGUCUUCCCUGGCCCACCAGGAGAGACGGGGCUGGUGUUGGGGCGCACCGGGAGCAGCGGUGCCAUGCGCCCAUCUUCUGUCCUCCUGCGCGAAGCAGCCCUGUGGCUGCUGGCCCCGUUGUACUGCGGGAUGUGAGAGGAGCAGGAGAAAAGCACCUGGAAUUUGGGGUCUCUGGACCCAGGGCAGGUCCUUAAAUUGCUGCUAAAGCGGGGCCAAGUGCCUGGGGCCACGGUCCAGGUUCGCCUCCUGCUACAUGCUGUUCCUGCAGCUCUGCUGGGUCCGGCCCCUGCCAGGGGUCACCCCAAGCCCCCUGUUCCUGUGGGGCAUCACCAGCAGCACACCCUCAGGGAGCAGCCCCUGGGGCCCCUCGGAGCAUUUCAUGGCAAAAUACUGUGACGUGGCCCGUCCCCGCUGCGGUGGGGAGCCCGCGGUGGGCUCUGGGUCCGACCCUUCUGGUUUUAUUAAAGCAGAAACGUUGAGUGCUG